UCCGUAUUAUGUUACUCUUUCUUUUUCCCCCUUUUUUCUAUUACUCCUAUCUUUCUUUUGCUUUCCCUUCCCUCCCAUUUCCCUCUAUCUCCUUCUCUUUUCCCUCCCUCGUUCCCUCUCUGACCUAAUUGUCUUCCUUCAUUUUCAAGAUCCUUCUUCUUCCACCUCUUUUCUUCCCCUUCUAGAUCUAUAUCCCCUUGGAGUUGUGCACACAGAUAGAUAUUCAUCCAUCAAAGAUCCAUCGCAAGAGACUUAUUAUAUAAUAAUUUCUUCUUUUGUUAACAAAGAAGAAGAUGACUCCAUCAGGUCAAUUCGGGGACACCACGUACACUAAGGUGUUUGUUGGAGGAUUGGCUUGGGAGACUCAGAAGGAGACCAUGAAGAAAUACUUUGAACAGUUUGGUGACAUCUUGGAGGCUGUCGUCAUCACUGAUAAGGCUACUGGAAGAUCCAAAGGCUAUGGAUUUGUAACAUUUCGUGAAGCAGAAGCAGCCAUGAGGGCUUGUGUUGAUGCUGCUCCUGUCAUUGAUGGCAGAAGGGCCAACUGCAAUCUUGCUUCCAUGGGAGUUCAAAGAUCUAAGCCUACUACCCCUAAACAUGGAGGCAGGAACUUUAGGGUGAUGAGUGGGUUUCAAGCAACAGCAACAGCAGCAGCAGCAGGAGGAGGUGGGUUAGGAACAGCUUUUCCUUCAGCAGCAACCUUCCCUCAUUAUGCCAUCCAACAAGGGAUCCCUUACAAUUUUUAUGGGUACUCUCCCUACUCGCCAGAUUACACUUACCCUACGGGUUACUAUAGUGUGUAUGGAGGAGCAGCUAGUCAAUAUCCGGCCGUGUAUGGGAGUGCGGCAGCUAGUGGUGUAUUAUCGAGUGCAGCUGCUGCUUUUUACCCAUACAUGAAUUUCGGAGAAGGAGGCGGUAAUGGCGGUUACACAGCGAGCCAGGGCUAUGCUGGUGUUCAGUACCCACACCAUCUCUUCCCCUAUUCAGCAGCUGCUACUGGUGCGGCAGGUUACCCAGCACAGCACUAUGGGACCCCUAUUUCCCUCGCUCCCUCACCUGCAAUGCAUUCAGGCGUGACAAUGACGCUGCGUGCACCAAUUCCUCAUCGCUAAGAGAGAUCGUAUAAUUGUCAAAUGGUCAAGACAGAUCGAUACAAAAUUGAUCUACCUGAAAAAACUCUCUGAAGGAUCUUUGGCCUAACCAUGGUUCUCUUGCAUCUUUCUCUUUCUCAAAUGGAGGCCGGCCUGCGUAUGGAACAAGGGCCUCUCCACAAGUUUAAAGCCCCCCAUAGGGGUACACUACCUUCAAAAAAUGUGGAGUAAAAUUAACUUCUCCACAUUUCCAUUUCUUCUCUUGUAAGGAAAGGCUCCUUCAAGAGAAACAAAGCAUGCAUAUGCAUCUCAUCAUCACCAACUCAAGCUAUCAAAACAGCUUAGUUGGUCAUCAUGUUUUUAUCUUCUUUUUUUUAUUUCUAAAACCUUAGCCCUGGAAAGGCUGAGCAAAUUUUGCCCUUCAAGGGCUCAACUAAAAAGUCCUGAGAGUUUUAGUUUUUUCUUUAAAAAAACAAUCUAUGUAAAUUUCAGGAAUAUUCCAACUUGCAGUCUUUUCAACUUCACCUUAAAUGCGGAUCUUGAAAUGGCUGAUCCCUCCAACUUAAGCUUUAUAACUUGUAGAUGUUAUAGAAAUCUUGUGAAAUCGUGGGCAUGAGGAUGUCCAAAGUUUUUGUUACUGCUAACUAUUAACUAGUCUUAGGAUUUUAGAACUUAGACUAGGAUCAUUCACCUUUUGAAAAUCCUUUUAAAAUUUUCAUUUUGAUAAUCACACACUAUGUGUCUAACAAGACAGCAAUUUCUCUUGAGGAUAAGGGGGACUGUCUGAAUUGACUGUUGAUGUUUCGUUUCUAAUGAUGUAAAAAGUUUAGGGUGGGCUAGAAUUGGGUAAUUCUAGCCCCUUUUACUUUAAUAUAGGAGGGAUAGUGGAUAGUGUUGAUUUUUCCUUUUCUUUGGUAAAUCACUUUAGCUUUUAAUCAUAUUUCAUUAACUUUUUCAGGAACUCCAUUAAAUGGUUAUGGAGUUCCAAUGCAUGAGAAGUUAGUCACCCUAGGGAGAUAUUUUGGGGUCUCUUGGGUUCUUCUUCAACUAGACUCAUCAACCAUGGUUAGGACUCAGGUCAUCUUCAUUUCUCUAUCACUCUCUCUUUCUCUGUAAUUUGAGCUGAAAUUUGAUACUCUUUAUAUGUAUAAGCCUAUGAUGUUUGGAAUGUAGUAGUAACUAGGAACAAGAUUCCUUCUCCAUCGUGGAUGAUUGAGAAUGGAUUGAUACUACUUAAGCUACUUACUGUUUCUAUUUCAACUGUGUCCGAGACGACUUUAUUUUAAUUUUGCUAAUGCAUCGUUUAUGAUGGACUAAUGUUAUCCGUCAUCAAUUUGAACUU